AUGGAUUGUGACAUGAGUGACACUGACGUCAAUAGUGAUAUGGACAGUGAUUUACCAGAUCUUGAUGGACCUCAAACUGUGGCUCAACCAGCUCGCUUUGUUCAUUGUUUAUCAGACAGCUCUGACUCUGAUGCUGAUGAAGGUAAAAAUAGACCCAUGUACAUUCCUCUGAAAGAAAGGUUACUAAAUUGUCAAAAUCAAAACAUCAACACUACUCCAGAUUUCUCUGAUACAUCAGACAUUGAGAUUGUAGAUUAUAAAACAAGCCACACUCUUUCCUAUGGUGCAGUUGCUAUAAGUGAUGAAUCAAAUGACAGUUGUGUUGUGAGAUGCCCCAGCAGUGACAAUGAUUUGGAGCGUCAACCUUUAUCCAGUCUCACCAGACGGACAUCCAUGUCACCCUGUACUCCUUCACAUACACCUAAGAUACCUGAUAAUUCUGUUAGUCAUCAGUUUUAUGGUGCUGAAUCUAGAACUCAGAUUUCGAGAUAUUCAAAUCCUUCAGGAGCUCAGACCACACUGUCUACCAUACCCAGUAAACAAAACUCAAAGAAAAGAACUGCAGAGGAAAUCAUGCAAAGGAAACAACAAGCACAGAUGAAGCGAGAAGCUAUGGAAAAAAAGAAAAUUGAAAGACAAAAAUCAAAAGAGGAGAAACAGGCAGAGAAGGAGAGAGCAACACUGAUAAAAAAUGCAGAGAGAGACAGAAAGAAACAAUAUGGUCUGCUUAAGGACUGUCUCAAUUAUAUGAAGGUUAUACUGGACACUCACCUGGUCAAUGACCUUGGUCUUGGUGCCAGUAUCUUCAAGAGCUGUGAGUCCCUUGGAGUACAAUGUGUAGCAGAGCCACAGACCAUCCCCUUCACCAUUACCUGGCAAAGGACUGUUACAGAGUUUAAGGUUACUGAAGAAAAGGUAGACACCUGGACGAGACAGACAGUAGAAGAUAAUGUUCUUACACUUAUACCUACUUCAGACUUUGUUCAAUUUGUGGAAAAUUUUAAACAGGCACAGAUGGGACAAGAUCAAGGACAGGCAACUCUAAAGAAAUAUAUACAGACCUUACAACAAUAUUACCAACACAAGCAUGUAACUGCUGCUGUUUUAGGAAUGGAGAAAUAUUUCAGGGAACAGAAAACUGUGAUACAAAGGAAACACAAGGAGACAGUACGCUCUAAGGAGAUGAGAGAACCGUCGCGACCAAAGAAAACAAAAAAAGGGGAGACAAAUACACUGGUGUCUAAAAUGGAUGUUGAAGAGGCAAUUGUUGAAACACAGUUACAGACAGGAACCAUGGUUCAUAUGGUUGAAUCCAAUGAAGAGUUUGCAGAUAUUGUCAAAUCGUUCACUAAAGCUGUAGCUGAAAAACCUGCAAAGAAAGACAGAUUAGAGAGUGUGUUCUCCUUUCAUGAAGAUGGCACAACUGGUGUCAGAGUUGAUAAGUCUGGUCAUGGCCUCCUCAAAGUCUGGAAACAACAGCUCCUCCAGUUUAAAAACAUCAGUCCAGACAUUGCAGAUGCAGUGCUAGCAGAAUAUCCUUCUCCUUAUCUUCUCUACAAGGCAUUGACUGAAUGUACAGAUGAGACUAGUGCCUCUCGCCUUUUAGAGAACAUUGUGGUGAGACGUGGAACAGGUGUGCUUGGAACAACUCGUCGAAUUGGCAAGGAAAUGUCUCGUAGGAUAUACCUGUUUUUGACAAGCAGAAAUCCAAAUGUCAUCAUUAAAUAA